CCAGAUAGUCUAGGCCACAUUUAUAUCACUUGGUAGAUUCGUACAGCAUACAGUCCCACGUCCGGGAAGUUGUCUCGCUAGCACAGCUCAAUGUCUAGCCUAUCACAAGCCCUCGAAUCACCGCUCACAGUGAAUGGAUGGCACGAAGAGCAGCUGCCCGAUCACGACGAUCAAACUUCGAGCAAGCCACUCUCUGGCACUGGAGCUUCACGCCAGACCCGAAGACUGCAACUCCGCAAUGCGGGUUUUCGUGCACCAGCCGUACCCUCACGCAAAGUGACGCCCAAGUCAACCUCAACGAGCACGAACUGGUCGGCUAUGAGCGGCCUUCUAAGCGGGUCGGAUGUCGAGAACCGAUCACCUUCGCUUGGCGUAAAGACACAACCUUUGAUGGUGGGCAAGAGUAGGAAGAGCAGCAGCGUGCUGCAAGAGAUUGAUAAUGGUGGUGGAGUUUCGGUGGGCCGACCAAAGAAGGCAAGAGCUCACGUACCCUCCGCCCGCCUUUUCGACAAUCACAUCGACACCGCACCCGCCAGUGACAGUGCUUAUAUUGAUCUACUUUCCUCUCCGCAACCGCCUCGGAGCACGAUCCGAGCAAAAUCCGUCCGGGCCAAGGCUAAGAUGAGCAAGCCACGCCGUUCGGUAAGUGGUGAAGCGAGGAUGUACAUCGACCACCUCGAAGCAGAGCUGGCGUCCGUACAGUCGCAGCUCCAGGCCGUGAACUCGCCAAGUGUGACGCGGGAGAAGACUUCGCGCAUGCGAACGCUCAAUUACGAGACGCGGCAGCUGCAGGACGAAGUGGCGGAGUGGGAAGCCAAGUACGAGCAGCGCGUGCAAGAGAUCGUGGAAGAGCACUGCGGUGUCGAGGUGGGCUUGCGAGCGCAGAUUCGCAGGUUAGAGGAGGAUGCUGAGGAGACUGCGUACCGGCUUCAGGAGCUCGAGGCGGAGGUGGAGGAUGCGAGAAGGAAUGUGGAGGCUGUUGAAGCGGCGAAUGUGCAGUUGGAGAAGAGGUUGGGGAUUAUGUCGGAGCUGUUGGCUGCGUCGCCGGGUAAGGUUGAUUCGCAGGCUGAGACGCCGGGUUUUAGGGGCAGGCAUCGACGGCCGAAGAGUAUGCUCCCUCGCUUUCCGACUGCGUCUUCACUGGUCGCUUCGCCGGAGAGGGCGGCGAGGACGCAGCCGACGUCGCCGUUGUUCACGUUCUCCCACGCGGGGCAGACGGUACCGCAGGGUUUGGAGGAGACGUCAUCUUCGCAGUCUGAGGUGCAUUCUGAUGCUGAGUCUGUCUUCUCGGAGCGACAGGGGCUGAACGGUAGUGUUACCAGCCUCGAGGCUUCGGACGGCGGCAUCCUUCCGUUCAACCCAUGGACGCUGCAAGCGGUUCAGUCAGCCAAGUCGAGGCCGGCGAGACGAAUGCGCCGUUUCGGACCAGGCACGCAUGGACCUAAGGCGCUUAUACUGCCUUCGACUUCGCAAUGCGAUUUCGUGCCUUCUUCCGCGCCGCCACUGGAAAGGUGUGAGACGACGCCCGCCUUCGCGUUUCCACUGCCGCAGUAUGAUAGAGGGGAGCAAGAGGAUGGCAGUCCGAGUACCAUGGUUGUGCGACGUAGAGCGUCCACGACUGCGGAUCAGACUACGCUUGAGAAUCUUGCUGCUUCGCCUUUCUUGCAGGUGCCGGUGCUAUCGCCGUGCGCGGCUACAGCGGAGAACGACUUUGAUGGAGGCGACAGUAUGCUGUGUCCGCUUUCGGCGCAGUCGCAGGCCACGACGCGGGAGUACUCCUCUCUUGGAUCUGCGGCAGGGCGGAAUCUGAUGGAUGAGCUGUGGGCUGUGCGGACGGUCGAGAGCGCGCUGAGUUUCGAGGAGCCAUCCCGCGCAGCAGAAGAUGCGAUUCCGUCGAACCUUGACGCUGAGGACACGACAUUGCCGCAUGGGAAAGAGGUCGCAGAGGGCACAGGUGUGCAUUCUGUCUUGAGCACUGACAGCCGCAUCCGACCAAUCCAACUCCGCCAGCGAGCCAGAAGCCAGUCCGUCGAGUGUAACGUGUCGACCUGGCAGCGUCUCCACGCGCUCUUCGGCGAUCUCAGACACGCGCCCAUCGCUCUCGCCCAGCACGUCAUCCAAAAGGCCGCAUCGCGCAUUCGCAUCCCAAAGCCAUUGCUUAACGUCCAGUGGUGGCUUGUCGGGGUCUUGCUAGGGCCAAUGGCAAGGCGACGAAUGCUCACUUCACGGUCUCAGUGCAACGAACGCAGGCCAUUGUUGGAAGCGUAUUCGCCGCCUCAAACGGGCACGGAUGAUGCCAUGGCUUAUGGCACGAUGUAUCAUACACCUCCCGGUUCGCCGAAGCUGGUUGGCAAGACUGGUGGUGAGGGGGAGAAGCGAGUGGAAGGGAAGAAGUGCAUGCAUUGGACCAAGCAUAGUCCGUGGCUUUGGUUGAAGCUGAGCAUCACGCUGGCGUUUGCGGUUGGUGUUGCAUUCAAGGAAGGACCGGGGUAUUUGAUGAAGAAAACAUUGUGUGGAUGCAACAGGAAGAAAGACCAGAGGCAACAGAGCGCUCUACUUGAGGCGUGAAGUUGGUGUGGACGAUGCGUUUAUACUUAAUUUCGAAUCGCGAAAACGCCUAAUGGCGUGUUUCCAUAGUUGUCCUCUUUCUCCCCAGGAGGUAGUUCGUUAUGUUGUUGGACGGUCGAGUACAGGACGCUCGCACGUACCAUGAGGUGAAGUAUACACACUACGGACACGGCACACUUACUUCGCGCAACACAUCG